UAACCCAAAACAAACGAAGAUCAAUUUACUUGUAUCCCAAUUCCACACAACACAAUAAACUCUAUAUUGAGCAUGGAGAAACAGCCACCUUGGGAGCCACAGAUAUGUGCCCCAGAUGACCUUUCUAAGGCCGCAGCCACCCUCAAGAACGACAUCCCUUUUCUGAAUGUAAGAAGGCUAUCAGAUAAAGCCACUUUGCCUAAAAGAAUGUUUCCUUAUGCUGCAGGCUAUGAUCUUUUCAGUGCAAUAGACAUUAAAGUGCCAGCCCGAGGAAAAGCAAAGGUUCCUACCGAUUUGAUCAUAGACAUACCUCAAGGAGCUUAUGGCCGCAUAGCGGGAAGAUCAGGAUUAGCUUGGGAGCAUUCUAUUGAUGUGGGAGGAGGUGUGCUGGAUGCUGAUAAGAACCCGGUUUUUGUUAUCUUGUAUAACCAUUCCAAUGUAGAUUUCGAAGUAAAGGUUGGAGACGGGAUAGCACAGAUGGUCAUUGAGCUCAAUGCGACACCUGAAAUCUGGGAAAUUCACCAAUAAGUCGAGCAGCAUACAUAUCAUCCCUUCAUGAUUUGGUUUUGUCUUAGCCAUUUCCAAUUGUUGUUCCCCUCCCAAGGACAGGUUCUUAUGCAUUACUCACAUGUCGACCAUUGGAAACACCACUUCCCAUCUGAACGUUUUCUUGAGUUUUAUUUGACAAAGAUAGUUCGUGUGGUUAUUAUGAUCGAAUACUUUGUAAGGAAACUGGUGUUAUAUUUUCUUUUCAAUGUGAUUCUGGACCAUAUAGUAAGAAA